CACACGGUGCCUGUCUUCCUACACUGUCUUAUAAGGUUAAUGACAUGUUUUUUUAACGUUAUUGAUGACUACCAGGCGUUUUCUAUGAUCAGCAAUCAAGAUGUUCUUGGUUCACUUUGACAAAUUAAACCAUGCCACAUUUUUUUUAAAACAAACAAGGUAUUUCAUCAUAACAUUCGGUACUUCCUAAGUCUGAACAAUGUUUCAGAUAGAAAUUCAUUGUCCGGAAAUGUAUCAGAUCCGACCUUUAAACCCUUAUUUCACUAAUGUGUAGGGCCCAAGUUAAGGUGCUUGCGGUUCUUAUGUAAAAAAAGUUUGUAACGUUUGCAGCAAGUUCCGGGGGUGCACCAGAAUAUAACGUUUUGUUCCUUGUACAGAGCACUAAAUUAAGAGAAAUUGUAUGCUGUUUUUAAAUCUUCAUGUAGUUAUAUGAUUUAAGUACAGUAAGAGAUUUCAUUGUAUAUCAAUGUUGAUUUGAAAUCAAAACCAACCAAAAAAUAAUGAAAUAAAUGUCUAUGAUUUAAACAGCACCAGAAUGUAGUUUAAAGUGUAAUGCUUUAAGAAAUCCUGACACCUAUCAAAAACAAAAAACCAGACUGAAAGAGAAUCUCAUAAAUGCGUCAAAACGAAGUCAAAGCGCACAUCGUGCGUCUGUGCAAUGAAACGCUGUUUAGCUUCCGUAAUUGUCGCCGUAUAUGAAAAUGUCAUUUCGCAGUCCGCUUGUUUGUAUUGUGACAUCGGCGUCACCGUCGCUUAUGGCAUCGUUCCGCCUUUACCAGCCUCCAGCCCUGUUAGAAACUUCCCCAGUACGGCUGGCUGCACACGCCUCAUCCUGCUCGGGAUCGGUGGGCUUUUCCUCCCGCUGGGGAAUCCUGCGCUGACCCCGGAAGUCCAGAUCCGCCUGCUUCUUCUCGGGAUCCCGGCGCCCGUCUUCGCGGUACAGGGCAGCAUCGGCCGGCCAGCCAGAGUUCGGGUGCCGCACCUCCUGCUCCGUGCAAAAGGAUAUUCACAUAUUUUGAAUUAGAGGAAGAUGGGGACGAGGGAUGAGGAGUACGACUACUUGUUUAAAGUGGUGCUGAUCGGAGACUCCGGCGUGGGCAAGAGCAACCUGCUGUCCCGCUUCACACGCAACGAGUUCAACCUGGAGAGCAAGAGCACCAUCGGGGUAGAGUUCGCCACGCGCAGCAUCCAGGUGGACGGCAAGACAGUGAAGGCCCAGAUAUGGGACACGGCCGGACAGGAGCGCUACCGCGCCAUCACCUCCGCGUACUACCGGGGGGCUGUGGGGGCGCUUCUGGUGUAUGACAUCGCCAAGCACCUGACUUACGAGAACGUGGAGCGCUGGCUGAAGGAGCUGCGCGAUCACGCCGACAGCAACAUCGUCAUCAUGCUGGUGGGCAACAAGAGCGACCUGCGCCACCUACGGGCCGUGCCCACCGACGAGGCGCGGGCCUUCGCAGAGAAGAACGGCCUAUCUUUCCUGGAGACCUCAGCCUUGGAUUCCACCAACGUCGAGACGGCCUUCCAGACCAUCCUGACAGAAAUCUACCGCAUCGUGUCUCAGAAGCAGAUGUCCGACCGUCGAGAGAACGAUAUGUCUCCUAGCAACAAUGUGGUGUCCAUCCAGGUGCAGCCGACGGAGAACAAACCAAAGGUGCAGUGCUGCCAGAAUAUCUAGCGGGGGCGACCAUCGAGGUGCCGGGAGCUCUGCUCUUUUGGAAGAAGCUGCUUUGGGACAAGUUCACAGCUGCGUGAUGAGGCUCUGGCAGGGAGGCUUGAUCUGAUUGGGUGACAUCUGGAGUAAGGACUGGUAUUUUGCUGCCUUGGUAAAGCUGUUAGAUCACCACGUUGCCCUUGUGUUUCCUUAUUUAAAACUUUAUAUGUUUUAAGAUAGAGUGUAGAUCCUUGGUGUUUCGCUUCAGAGAGAGUGGUGGCUGGUAUGACAAUGACCUUGGACCGGCCACUAAUGCUGUGUAGCUGCCCUCUGCUCAGCUCUCAUGCCACAAACUUCCUUAAAUCCCCUGAGCUUGACCCCAGCCCCUUCAGUCACACGUAGGAUGAUGCAUCUUAAGCGGUUUUUGUUUUAAAGCAAGGAUAAGAUUUUCUUAGAGGGCAUUAGACCCAUGUCCAGUGUCAGUGUUCAUUGGUCGAACUUGUAUGAAACUGCAUCUUGGACUAAUGUUUUACAUCAGCCAAAAGUUGAGCUUUAGUUUUCAAAAAAUAUAGAUGUUUAUAUAAGCCAUGAACAGAAUAUUGUAAUUUUUAAAUGUCAUGCAUAUUAAAUACUGUAACUGGUGGACCAAAGUCACCUUCCUUUCA